GGCCAGGACCCGACUCAGACUCUUUCCGAACACAUUUACUAAACCAUGGAUGAAGAUGAUGCCGACUAUAUGCAAGGGAGUGAUGAUGAGGACUAUGGCUUUGAGUAUUCGGACGAUGAUGAGGCGAACGAGUCUGGAACGGUGGACAUCGAGAAUAUGUACUACACUGCAAAGUCGAAGAAGGAAGACAAUCCCGAGCAAGCACUGAAAGAGUUCCGGGCCAUCGUCGAUCAAGAGACGGAGAAAGGAGAUUGGGGCUUUAAAGCUUUGAAGCAAUCCACGAAGUUGCUCUUCCUUCACCUCCACCGACCAAACGAUGCAUUGAAGACUUAUACCGAACUGCUCACCUACACCAAGUCUGCUGUGACUCGCAAUUAUUCCGAGAAGACGAUCAACGGUAUAUUGGAUUAUGUCGGCGGUGGGAAGGGUGGUCCCGUGGAGGUCGAUGUGUUAGAACGGUUCUAUCAGGCAACAAAAGAUGCCCUCGUGGAAGCGAAGAAUGAGCGUCUGUCUGUCAAGACAAAUCUCAAGCUAGCCAAGCUAUGGCUGGAUCGUCGGGAAUAUGGCCGCCUAUCAAAGCUUAUCAAAGAGCUGUACGAUGCAACCGGAACCGGGUCAGACGGCGAUGACCAGUCACAGCGUGGCACCCAGUUACUAGAAAUCUACGCGCUCGAGAUACAGAUGCACAACGAGACCAGGAAUCUCAAGAAGUUGAAGGAAAUCUACAACGCCUCUAAUAGCGUCCGUUCUGCCAUUCCACAUCCUCGCAUCAUGGGGGUAAUCAAGGAAUGCGGAGGGAAAAUGUGGAUGGGUGAACGUCAAUGGAACCGCGCAAGCGAAGAUUUCUUCGAAUCCUUCCGGAACUACGACGAGGCUGGAUCGCCGCAGCGCAUCCAAGUCCUGAAAUACCUCGUGCUGGCGAACAUGCUCACCGGGAGCGAGGUGAACCCCUUCGACAGUCAGGAGACGAAACCAUACAAGAACGACCCGCAGAUCAAGGCUAUGACUGACCUUGUGGAUGCCUACCAGCGACGAGAGGUCUUCGCUGCCGAGAAGAUCAUACGAGACAACCGCUCGACGAUCAUGGACGAUCCCUUCAUCCGGCAGUAUAUCGGUGAACUGCUAAAUAGCUUACGGACCCAAUACCUCAUUGACCUCAUCAAACCGUAUAAUCGGCUUGAACUGUCCUUCCUUGCAAAACAAUUGAACGUUGAUAAAGAGGAAGUGGAAGAACUACUCAUCGGUCUCAUAUUGGAAGGCAAAGUCGAUGGUCAGAUAGACCAGGUUUCCAUGAGACUGGAGCUUUCCCGAAAACACAACUUGGAAAAGAAGCGCUAUACCGCUUUGGAGAAGUGGACGGAGGCUCUCGAAGGUGUGCACUCAGCAGUCAUCGGGAAGAAUGGGAGCACGCGAGGGGAUCCUGCCAUGGGUCUACCGCCGGAAUCGUUUGGUGCUAUGCGAGAGAUGGAUAGGUGGGGGUAGGUUUGUCGCAAUUCAUGUUCUCUCGCUUUGUGUAACCGCAUCAUUGAAAUCUGUAUGCAUCGGUAUCCAUACCGUUCACGAGCUCAUUGACCUCAUAUCUGCGAGUCUCAGCAUGGUGGGGUGAAAUGUG